AUGGAUGACAUGUGGGUUGCAACACUGGCAUGCCCACGCCACGUCAACGGUACUGAGUACGUAUUGCAUCCCCAACCUACCGCUGAUCAUGACGAUACUCUCAAAACCUAUGUAAUUGAGGACGGCAAGUUUCGUUCCGUCCCUUUUUCGAGCGUGGUGGUCACCGAAUCACCACGCCCAUAUGGUUGGAAAGCGACAAAUGAGUCGCAAACAGACUUGCAUAUUGAUCUAAUGGAUGACGAUAUAUAUGCCAUUGCUGCAGAACGUUUGGUUUUCAUUUGUGGUCCAAGGGAUUUGGUCUUGACAGAUGCGCUGCAAGGCCAACUUGCUCGCCUACCGGAGAUUUAUGAAACGGAUAUUUAUACUUGGGAUUCAACCACAUCAUUGGUUGGCGAACUAUCCAAAACAGGGAAGAGCUUGGGCGUGGUAUUUUUGCACAGAGGCCUUAAUCAUCAAUUACUGCAAGGCUGUGGUAGUCGUCCCUCAAAACUCUUUGCGAGACAUAAUUACGUGACUGUAGACCCUGUCACUGGCACACGUUCCUGUGUAGUAAAUCCUAUAUCGACAUUACGUACUGGUUUCGUUUGCGAAGGCAGAAUAGAACCGAACGAUUGCAUGAAAUCCCUUUUAGACAAAGGCAGAGUCGUGACUGCUCCUCGACCAUACUUGUAUCGUUAUUUCGAUAUUCAUGAGCCGUGGGUUGUAGCUAGAUAUUUUAAUGACGUAGCAUUACCCCGCUUCAACGGCGAAUGUCGAUGCAUAGAUCCUGAGACUGGUCACGUGAAGGCAAGGAUGGAGAUCCGUUGGAAAACUGAAUACGUUUGUGACAUAGCUAGCUUGAUUGUCCGUAACAGGUUCAAGCCUAUUAGUGGGCCGUGGUGUUCAGUGAUGCUACAUCCGGGUGCUACGUUGACCAUAAAGUUGCCCAAACAGACAGACAAGUCUGCUGCUACUGACAAGGAAUUCGAAGAUGUUGACGAUAUUGAGGAGGAUGCUUUUAGAGUCCCAUUCUCGCAACUGCCGUCUAUCCAUGCAUACGAAACUGAAUUCAAGCCGGACACGGAGUUGACGCUACGCCAAAUACAAACGAUUUAUGACAUCAAUGAUUACGACGAAAUCGUGACCAACAAAGCGUUCACUGGCGACGUGCUCGAGGUAGAUAUUUCACAAAUGGAGAGAGGAGAGGUUAAGCUGAAGUACCAUACGGGCAGACCUCUUGCAUUACGAAGUGGAUACAAUUCGUUCUUAUAUCAUUGGACAUUCUUAUCUAGGAACGAAAAUGUUCUUGAAAAGAUACGCGCUGUGGUGAACGUCUCAUUUGCGCCUACUUAUCGCUACAAUAUUAUUGGUUGUGACCGAUGGAGACCAAGUAUGUUUGAUCCGGCGAAUGAUGUUGGUUCUCUUGCAAUUAAAGAUAUGGGGAAUGGUAUAGGGAAAAUAGCUGAAUGGCUUUUAAAUGUCGUGAGGGGCGAGGAACAAGCUGGCAUUCGAUGCGGACUUAAUGAGGAGCUGCUUCCAAACAAUUGCGAGUCCACAGGAUACGAUCUGUCCUCCAAUCAGAUUGCGCCGUUUCCUGCAGCUGUGCGCAAUGCCACACUUUACCCCGUUCGAGGAUUUCAGGUAUUCGAGAUGAGCUUCCAAAAUGUCCCCGUCAGUCACGCUUGUAGUUGUGUUGAUGUACGUGGAUACGAGACAUCUCGACUUAUUUUAAAAUCCAACCGUCGUGAGGAGUAUGAGUAUACAGUAAGACGUGAAGACGCAAAUCAAAGGUUGCUGCCUUACUUAUUACUUCCCCUGAUCGAGGUGGCAUAUGUAUACGGCUAUAGCAAUCUUACGUCAUCCAUAAUGCUACACAACAUACCCCAGAGACCUAUAAAACUACAGUCGGGCACAGAAUUUUUCAUGCGGUGUGCUCUGGAUGACGCGUUGGACAACGGUGAGAAUAACGGUGGCGCAACUCCUACCUGGUUCCCAUAUUAUCCUGGUUACUACCAUUACAAUGUAGAUACGACAGCCGAAGGAUCUAUGCUAAUUCCAAUGCGAAACGAAGACAGAAUCGCUGGCACAAAAGGUGGACUCGAGUUCAUUAUGUUAGAACAUAACAAUCAAUAUAGCGAUGUUACAAUAAAAUCCCAUGGCGACGCAAUUUUGAUAUCCAUGGAUCCAGAUCACUCGGCGUACGUGCCAAUGACAUUCGUUUGCGGUAAGGAGUUUCUAGAAUCAGAGUUGCUUCAGUUCAACGAUGAAGAUUUUGGAGAUACCAUUGCCCAGGUUUUACCGCCGUUAGAGGAAUACACGUGGAACGUAGUUCAAAUUGACGUCGAGAUGACGGACCCAUACAUGCAAGGGUGCGGAAUUACUGAGUCAAGAGAUACGUUAUUCAAGCCCGAGACACCCAAAAUAUACGAUGCGGAAGGGAAGGCAAUCGGUUGCAAAAUCGACAUUCAGACUGCGGAUGAGGCGGCGUUCUACUGCCCAGCGCCGUACGUCCUGGACCCACCCAAUUGUUUCGACCAUGUCUACGUCAAUGGUGAAGUGAUGAACCUAAGCGAGGUCAGCUAUUCGUUGGUAGCGUCUCGAACUAAUCACUUUGUCACGCUGGAGUUCGACGGCAGAGUCGUAGGAGCUGGAGAAAUGCUGCGCCAGACGCCGCCGUUGGAGUGCCGCUGCGUGACCAUCAAGGGCAUCGUUCUCUCCACCAUCCAGAUCGAGAACUAUUACGCCAAAGUAUGA